AGCUUCAUCUUGAUGAGUUAUAGUUCAUUUGAAAACGGAUCUUAUCUGAAGCGUGGCCCUUGACUUCCGGAAACACUUUUAGAACAAACAAUUAAGUUUUCAUUUUCAUUGUCAAUUUUAUGAGCACAGCAUUAUGGAAAAUAUUCAAUUUGUUAGAUUUUUAACUUUCAUAUAUUGGAUACAAAGAAUCAUUUGCCAAUGUCCAAAUACAGUGCAUCCUGGAAUCAAGGGUUUCGGACCAAACUGUAAAUAUAGAUGUAACUGUAAAGACAAUGUACAGUGUAACGUUGUAACGGGCGAGUGUCCUGAUGGUUGUUUGUUCGGAUGGAUGGGACCAGGAUGCCAAUACCGGAAUCUUGUAACUACAUCCAAUGGUACUAAACAGAACUAUAGAGAGCAAGACAAAGCCCGAUGGGCAAAAAAAGCAAUAGAUGGAGAUGUGAACACAUGCAGCAGUACAGGCUAUAAUAAAGAACCAGGAAACCCAACACAACAAUUUUGGCGUCUUAAAUUAUCGACUAAGUUUUAUAUAGUUGGAUUAGUCAUCAAGAUUCGGGACUCAGAUAAAGCAAAUUUUCAAGGAUUUUCUGUAGAAAUAAAAAACACUACCAAUAACUAUGAGGUCUGCUAUCAACACGGAGCCGGUACAGAAGGAGAAAGUGUUAUGAAUGUGAAUUGUGUGAAACCAAUUAUUGGCAAGAUAGUGAAAAUCAAACUUAAAGAAAAUAUGCCAUCGCCUUUAGUUCUGUGUGAAGUGGAGCUAUUUGGAGGUCGCCUGGUUUCGUUCAAUAGGCUUACUUCAAUAGAAACCGUCCUAACAUAUAAUGGAAUAUGGAAAGCUUCGUAUGCCGUAGACGGAAGGCCAAUGCUGUCUCCCAGUGAAUCUCAGAAUAGUGAGCCGAAGAGAACUUGCAGUGCAACAAUGGAUUAUACUUCUGAACCAGCAAAGUGGUGGAAUGUACAUUUAGAUACUUUUUAUGACAUCCAAGGAAUCAGAUUCUUUGGUCGAUUAGAUCAUGGAACAAGUCAGUAUAAUUCGUACAAAGUACUGGUCGGAAAUAAUAGCUCUCAAACAAAACUUAUAUUCACUGACAAUGGGUCUGAAGACAAAAAACAAGGUUAUAACCCUAAAUCAAGAAACUUUACGGGACCGUUCCUUGGUAGCACUGUACGGGUUGAAAGAUCUGCCAAGAUUCUGGUUAUUUGUGAAUUUGAAGUAUUUGCAGAAUGCCCUCUUGGAAGAUGUGGUUGGGAGUGUAACGAAACCUGUCAGUGCAGAAGUCAGACAACUGGACAACACAAGAUUGAGGGCAUGUGUCCGUAUGGAUGUAGCGGAAGAUGGAGUGGACAAAACGGAAAGUGUAAUAUUGAAUGUUCCGAUAAGACAUGGGGACCAUAUUGUAAUCAAACAUGCGGUCACUGCAAGAACAACCAUCUAUGCAGUGUAUCUAAUGGCAAUUGUCCAGAUUCUUGUAAACCUGGAUUUAUUCCUCCUUUAUGUCUGUAUGAAUGUAAUGAUGGGAAUUUUGGACAAGACUGCAAUUUUAAAUGUGGACAAUGUCAGCAUGAUGCUGCGUGUAACAAAGAAAACGGCAGAUGUGUUUCUGGAUGCAAGCCUGGAUACAAAUUGCCAUUUUGUAUUCAAACAUGUGAUCCAGGAUGGUACGGCGCUAAAUGUUCUACACAAUGUGGAAGCUGUAAACAUGGUGAAACUUGUAACAAUACGAAUGGUGAAUGUACUAGUGGAUGUAGUCCAGGAUGGUUAACUUCAAUGUGCAAUAAAUUAUGUGAACACGGAUGGUAUGGCAUGGACUGUUCUAAACCAUGUGGAAGCUGUAAAGAUGGUGACACCUGUAACAACACGAAUGGUGAAUGUACUAGAGGAUGUAAUCCAGGAUGGCUAACCUCAAUGUGCAAUAUACCAUGUGCUAGUGGGUUUUAUGGUGACGGAUGUAAUGAAACUUGUGGACAUUGCUUAAAUGAUGAGAUUUGCAGUCACGAGAACGGAUUGUGUUUACAUGGCUGUGCCUCUGGUUACCACGGAACGGUGUGCAAAACAGAAUGCAAUGAUGGGAACUUUGGAGAAGACUGCAACUCUGCUUGUGGACAAUGCAAGAAUGAUUCUGUGUGUAACAAAGAAACCGGCAGAUGUGUUUUUGGAUGCAAGCCUGGAUACAAAUUGCCAUUAUGUAUUCAAAAAUGCAAUGAUGGGAAUUUUGGAGAAGACUGCAACUCUACAUGUGGACAAUGCAAGAAUGAUUCUGUGUGUAACAAGGAAACCGGCAAAUGUGUUUUUGGAUGCAAGCCUGGAUACAAAUUGCCAUUAUGUAUUCAAAAAUGUGAAGAAGGGAUGUACGGUGAAAAUUGUGUAACAAAAUGUGGCAGCUGUGCUGGAAAUGAACAUUGUAACAGAACGACUGGAACUUGUCCCCAUGGAUGCAUACCUGAUUACAAAGGCAUUCUUUGUAAUGUCAGAGCAACAGAAGGAGGAUCUGAGAACGGAUCUUCUACAGGACUUGAUGCGAUUAUAGUAGUGUUAGUGUUGGUGAUUGUUGGAGUGGUCAUAGGAAUCAUUGUCAGGAGAAAAUUGAAAAGGGAUACAAGAAAUUCAGCUGCAAAUGGGUCUCCAAAGACCUCAGAUCAAAAUAUUACAGUCAUAAAUGGGCCUGCACAAAAGGCAGAUGUCGUUCCAAAACCAAAUCAAGACCCACUUUAUCGUAACACUGUCGAAAAAGAACCCAUUGACGAGAAUUCUAUCAAGAUAUCUCAUCUUAGAACCCUCCGUAGCAGCGCUUAAAGAGAUCCGACAUUUCUGUAUUCUGAAU